AUGGCUUUACGUGCUCUCCGAGGCACGGGGGUGGAACACCGCCAACUUCCCAACUCCAGGCUGUUACUGAGACUUAUUAUACAGAAAGACUCAAUAACUAAACUUGGCCCGACCCGGGACUCGAACCCAGGACCUCCGGGUGUGCAGCCGUACAUGCUAGCCACUACACCACCGAGGCAGUCUCACAUAUACCACCCGUGUGGAUACAGGUGGAGCGUGAAAAGGAGUUUUGUAAGGUGGGGGGAAAAAUUGGCCGCCGUGACCGAAAUCAGUCAGGAGUCAGUACAUCGGUAUCCAAUGAUAUUGAUAUCCAAUGAUACUUGUUUAAUAAAGAACAAGUCAAUAUCGCGCUUGUAUUUAAAUUUUAUUUUGAUUACA